UUUAAAUCAUACCAUGCUCUUCACAAAAAGCCAACAGUGAUACUGUUCUGGAGAGAAUGGGAUUCUCCAUCCAGCAUGACAACCUUCCCUCACCUCAGCCCCCAGCUUCAAUCAAAAGGAGCCCUGAAUCCUCUCUGCGGGGGAGGAGGAUCAGGCAAAUUUUAGAGGAGGACAACAGGGUCAGGAUGUCCACGACCCACCAGACGUUGGUAGAAGAGGACCCUUUCUUUGAGAAGAAGCUGCGUCUGGGCAGUCAGAUGACAAUCGUUGCAUGUAAGAUGGCUAAACUCACAGCUGCAAACAGAAGCCCAAGCCCAGACUCCUCACUCAUAAACACUCCCACUGAGCUGAGGGCCAUUUCACAUCUCGGCCAUUUUACCCCAACUCCUCCUCCUCCUAGAGUAACCAGGAGACCGUCUUGUCGCCCAAUGAUGACUAUGAGACUUGGAGGAAAAGGCAAGGAGGUAGCUGAGGGAUGCAAGCUCCAGUCAGCACAAACGACACUUGAGGAACAUGUGGAGACACUGGAGAAGUUUAAGCUUGGCCACUGUCCUUCUCCUAAACCGCCAGCAGCCCUGUGUAGGACCUUUGUGGUGGUACCCAAGGUUCCAGGACAUCCGUCAAAAGCUGCCCUGCCCAACAGAGGAGGACUUUUUCAUGGGACUCCAGCGGUGGCACCCAAGUUUCCAGCACCUCCAUCAAAAGCUGCCCCGCCCAACAGAAAAGGACCUCGCCGUGGGACAAAACUCCAUCCUACAAAAGCUCAGGAAGACCUCCAGCCUUUGGUCAAUCCUACAGAAAGCCUGUCCCUCUGCUUCACACAGCUGAACUCAGAAGACUGGAAGAUGAAACUGGAUGGAUUGAAAUCUGUUCGAGCUCUGGCAUGACACCAUACGGUAUUACUGUAGACCAAACUGCAUGAAGUCUGCCUGGUCCCUGCAGAAGAGGUUGUGUCCUGUGCUGCCGUUGACACCAUAGCAGCGCUCCAUGUUCACCUGAGCAGGGCCAUGGACACUAAGGCAGAGUGGACAGGCCGUGUCCUGCUGCUGAAGUUGGCACAGACGACCAAUGCCUUUGUUCACCAGCAGGCUAACCUUGUCCUGGUUGCUCUGGUGGAGGGCUGCAGCCCUGGUAGAAUAAUGAGUGUUCUCCUAAACACAGGGCUGAGCCACCAUUGUGCUGCAGUGAGGGAGAGCACAGCAAAGCACCUCCACCAGCUGGCGGACAUCCUUGACAGCAGGGAAGAUCUUCGCGUUUCCUUACUGUUGUCAGUAAGAUGGCGGUGGAUGCUGCAUCGUAGCUGCAUAGUCAGAUGCUCCAGGGACUUGCCCACCAGAAGGAGUUCACGGUCCUGUGGGAUAAGAUCAUACCAGUGAAAGACAGGCAUCCCCUGCAGAAGAUCUCGAUGAGGCAAUAGAAGCGGAGGCAACGGAAAGACUUCUGGACAACAUCAAAAUUAGGCUGGCACGGAGGUGCAGGGGUUAGCUUUGUCACUUCACAGGAAGGUUUUGAUCAAGAACCAGGCAACCAGCUAGGCCCUUGUGUGUGGAGUUUGUAUGUACUCCCUGUCGCAGUGGGGGGUUUUCUCUGGGUGAUCCGGUUUCCUCCCACAGUCCCAAAAAUAUGCAGAUUAGGUUCAUUGGACACUCUAAAUUAGGUAAGACUCUCACGUUUAAACCUUUUGUGCAUCAUGUUAAAUAAACUUAU